CUCUCCAAUCUGUCCUUUAAUGACAUUUGUUUGAGCACAACUACCAUCCCAAAGAUGCUGGUGAACAUUCAGAAACAGAAUCAGAGCAUCACUUAUACAGGAUGCCUUUACCAGAUUUUCUUUGUCAUGGCUUGUAGUGGCUUUGAGAGUUUUCUUCUUGCAGCAAUGUCUUAUGAUCGUUAUGUGGCCAUUUGUCACCCAUUGAGGUACACAGUCAUCAUGAAUCUCAGCUUCUGUGGCCUGCUGACUCUACUUUCUUUGUUCAUUAGUGUCGUGGAUUCCCUUAUCCACAGUCUGAUGGUUUUGCAUCUAUCCUUCUGUACAGACCUGAAAAUCCCUCAAUUCUUCUGUGAACUUGCUCAGGUCCUCAAGCUUGCCUGUUCCAGUACCCUCAUCAACAACAUUCUGUUAUAUUUUUUGGCAUGCUUAUUGGGAGCUCUUCCUCUCUCUGGCAUCGUAUUCUCUUACACUCGGCUUGUCUCCACUGUUUUGAGAAUACCAUCAGCUGGUGGGAAGUAUAAAGCUUUUUCUACUUGUGGGUCUCACCUUUCUGUUGUUUUAUUAUUCUAUGGAACAUCUACAGGUGUGUACAUCAGUUCUGUGUUUUCACACUCUUCCACAAAGACAGCAGCAGCCUCAGUGAUGUACAUUGUGGUCCCUCAAAUGCUGAAUCCUUUUAUCUAUAGCCUAAGGAACAGAGACAUCAAGAUGGGCUUGAGAAAACUCAUUGGUAAGAUGUCUUCUUUUUUGUUACUGUGUCAUGGGUAA